AUGCCGUCCCUUGGGAUUUUGGUGACCUUGCUCACCUUCUUCACGCUACGUUGCUGGUAUGUUUGCUUUACCCAGCAAACACCAGCCAGGGUGCAGCGAAAAGCGCUCCGGGCGAAAAGCUUCUAUGGGGAUUCUAUUCCAAUGCCACCGCCUGGGCAUCCAGAUCAUCCACAGGGAGUGGAGGUGCAACCCUUUGCCAACCAGAACGGAGGUGUGGACGACACAUUAGGUCCUCCAAAGGUCUACAUGUACGGCCCCGCGGCGAGUCCUUUGGGCCGCAGUUAUGCCGUGGAUUGCAGCCACUGGUCUGAACUUGGCUCAUCGCAACAAGCCGACUUGGUGGAUGAAGUCUUGGAGGUUUUGAGGAGAAAUGGCUUCGUCGUCUUGGAAGGGAUGGUCCCUGCCGAUGAGCAGCUCGCCAUGGAGGAGGCCGCGAAGCAGCAUUUCGAGAAGUUGCCAGAAGGACAGAUCGUUCCAAGUGCUCCAGGAUAUUUCACUUCGCCCCUGAGAGCGGAGCGAAGUCAGGUUCACGUGCCCUACGAAGAUCCCUGGUCGAAGGAUUGGUUGGUCUCCAACGACUUGGUCUUGCAGGUCACUGCCAGGUAUGUCAUCAAUAACAUGGCUUGUGGGCGCUCAGAGGAGGAACAACAAUCUGCUUGGUGCCAAUGGGUGAUGGAAGGCUCCAGCGUGGAAUGGUUUCAUUCGAUUCCACCACAAGCAGGUCCUUUGGCCACGGACCCACCCCACGGAUGCACCACGGUCGGAGCACCCGAGCAGCUGGGGCCCUGGCUGGGGCGAGUGAUGAUCACGAAGACACCACCGCAGUCGCCCUUGAUGACACGAAGCAGCACAAGAGAUGCGUUGACAACCAGUCGCCCAGUGUUCAUGGGAUGGUGUGAGAUGGUGUGUGAUCUGUGA